UGGCGGACGCAGUUACUAAAAUAAAUAUAUUGGUUGUGGAAGGAUACUUAUUUGAACUUCCUGAUACAAUCCGAACAAUUUCAAAAGUCUGCGAGAAAUCCCGCAAGAAUGGAGCAUUAGUUUCCAUCACAGCAUCAGAUGUGUCCUGCAUUGAAAGAUAUUAUGAUGAUUACUGGGAAAUCAUGGAAAAUUAUGCAAAUAUAUUAUUUGCGAACAACGAAGAAGCAUAUCAAAUCAUGAGGACGCGUUAUCUCAAAACUUCAAUGUUCAGGAUAUUGAUCCCUCUUAUUUAUACUAAUCGCUAAAUCAUUUAUCCAAAUAAGCUUUUCUCAGUGACAACAUACAGAAGAUCAACGGGAUGAAAAUUAUGAGUAAAUCAUCAGAAUCAACUUGUGUUGUCCUCCCGCCAAAGUUAUUCUGGAUGAUGGAGAAACUAGUCCACGAGUUUCGUGGGCAUAUGGGUGAAGUCUUAGCCCUCUCAUGGUCCAAAAAUGGGGUGGUGUUGUCGGAUACAAGAAUGGUAAUUGCCAUUUUUAUGAUGUUGUAAUCGCUUGCAGAUGGGCCUCCCGGUAAGCUUUCAAGGAAAGAAGAAGCUUACUAACAAGACAGUAACUGGAUUUCAUGUAACCAUUUUUCUUUAUUUCCCUUACUUUUCACAAAAAUGGUUUCGUCUACUUAUUUUAUGAACUUGAGAACUAAUUGAAUUUCAUCACGCAGUACUUCCCAAAUGACUCGAGUAAAGUCAUGGUUACUUCUGUUGAUUCACAAGUUAGAAUACUUUGUGGAUCCAACAUCAUUUGCAAAUUCAAAGGUAUAUUGGUUGCGUACCCUAUACUUCCUCGCCCCCCACCAACUUUUUGUUUUUAUUGCGCUUUAGCUUAACUUUGGUAAAGGUGAGCAGCUUUUUCAUAUGCUGCAUGUCUAGGAAAACUUUGUCAUUUUUCAUCAAAAGAAAGUCCCUUUUCUGCUAUAAGGUACCUUAGAAACUUUGUUCAUUUAUAGCUUGAGUUUGAAAACAAAUUAUCUUAGAUAAUGGUUAUCUGCACUGGGAGCUGAAUGAAUAAUAAUAAGAGAGUAUGUUGCUCCUUAAUACAGGAUCUUUAUGGUAUUGUAUUUUAAUAAAUUAUGCCUUUUUGAAGUUUUUGUGGAGUGAAGAUCUAUGUUUAUUUCCUUUUUUCUUUUGCUUCCUUAC